AUGUUUGAAAAGAUUCGACAAUUUAUACAUUUUAAUGACAAUUUGCAAAACUUGCCUCGCGAACAUCCGGAAUUCGACAGACUGUUCAAACUUAGACCAGUUGUACAAAAAUUAAACCAAUCUUUUUCUGAAAUCCCUUUAAAACAAUAUCUUUGCGUCGAUGAGCAAAUAUGCUCUACGAAAGCUAGAAAUAACUUGAAAAGAUAUAACCCGAAAAAGCCUCACAAAUGGGGUUAUAAGAUUUACGUUCUCAGUGGAGUAUCUGGAUUUGUGUAUAAAAUCGAACCCGAAACUGGCUCAGAAAAUGUGGUACUGCCCAACGAACCUGAUCUUGGUGCUUCCUCAAAUGUUAUCGUGCGUCUAUCAAGAGAAAUACCUCGCAACCAAAAUUACAGAUUAUAUUUUGACAAUUACUUUACAACCUUGCCACUGCUAGAAUACUUGUCACAAAACGGUAUACUGAGUCUUGGUACAAUACGCCGAAAUAGGAUUCCAGAUUGCAAAUUACCUACAGACAAAGAAAUGUCCAAAAAAGACAGAGGCUAUUCUGUUGAGUAUGUUGCUGAUGUCAAUGGUGUGGAUGUAGCAACCGUAGCCUGGAAAGAUAACAAAGUAGUAAAUUUAGCAUCCAGUUUUGUCGGAGAAAUGCCAAAAGCACAGGUGAGGAGGUAUGACAAGAAGACCAAGCAGUACAUAACAAUUGAUCGUCCAAAUAUUGUUGGAGAAUAA